GGAGUAAGAGGUUGAGAUAGAGCAUGCAAAAUGAAGAUAUUGUUGGAAAUAAAGAGUAACGGUUGAGAAAGAGUAAAAAAUGAGGCCACUUGCAUGGAUGGGUUCUCUUUGUAUCCUGCUCGUCGGUGGGGCGGCUGCGGCAGCGGAAAUUGCACCUGGCUCAGUCCUCUUAGCAUCCGACCCGAAUUCUAGCUGGCCAUCUCCCAACAACACCUUUUCUCUCUCAUUCAUCCCCGACCCCGAGGAUCCCAACAACUCCAGCUCCUUCUUCGCCGCAAUCAGCUACGAUGGUAGAACCCCCAUCUGGAAGGCUGGCGCCGCCGCCGUUGACUCCUCUGCUGCUUUCCGGUUUCUCUCCAACGGAGAUCUUCAGCUCACCGGUGGACCUUCUUCUACUCCCACUGUUUUCUGGAGCUCGAACACCGCCGGCCGCGGUGUAUCCUCCGCCCACCUUGACGACUCCGGUAAUCUCGUUCUUAAGAACGCCACCGUUUCGGAUAUCUGGUCUACUUUUGAUCAUCCCACCGAUACCAUCGUUCCCUCCCAAAAUUUCACCCUAAACAAAAUUUUGAAAUCGGGGAACUUCUCCUUCAGGCUGAGGCAAAACGGUAACUUAACGCUUUUGUGGAACGGUUCAAUUGCUUAUUAUAAUUCCGGGUUGAACUCUUCUUCCAACGCGAACUUGAGUUCCCCUAGUUUGGGAAUGGCCCCAGUCGGCAUCCUAUCCCUUUUCGACCCGAGCCUUCCCAUUCCCUUGAAUGCGGUCUAUAGCAGCGACUAUGCCGAGGAGGGAGAUAUCCUCAGGUUCGUGAAGCUCGACAGCGAUGGAAAUCUCAGGAUUUAUAGCUCCGCAAAGGGGACUGGAGUUGCCAAUGUCCGAUGGUCUGCUUUGAGUGACCAAUGUAAGGUUUUUGGAUAUUGUGGGAAUUUGGGGAUCUGCAGUUACAGCAAUUCCGUUCCCAUUUGUGGCUGCCCUUCAUCAAAUUUCGAGCCUGUCGAUCCUAAAGACGGCAGAAAAGGGUGCAGGAGGAAAGUCGAACUGGCGAACUGCCCUUCGAACGGCAGUAUGUUGCAAUUGGAUCAUGCUAUGUUCUUGACCUAUGAUCCCGAACUGGCCGAUCAGAGUUUCACUGAAGGUAUUUCGCCUUGCAAGCUUAACUGCCUCGUCACUUCCGCUUGCAUUGCUUCUACAUCAUUGGCAGACGGGACGGGGUUCUGUUACCAGAAACUGCCUACUUUUGUCAGUGGGUAUCAGUCUCCGACCCUGCCGAGCACUUCGUUCGUAAAGGUCUGUGGAACCCUAUUGCCCAACCCAUCCGGCAUAUCAUCGCCUGGAAGCCUCGAGAAGAUGAGCCAACGGAAGGUGGAGUGGUGGGUGGUCGUAGUUGUUGCCUUAAGUACACUUUUGGGCUUGGUUUUGAUAGAGAGCGGUUUAUGGCUGUGCUGCUUUAAAAACAGGCGCAAAUCGGCCCCAUAUGUCGUCCUCCAUGAGUACGCAUCGGGUGCGCCCCUUCAGUUUUCAUACAAGGAGCUCCACCGAGCGACGAAAGGGUUCAAGGAGAUGCUCGGAUCAGGGGGGUUCGGAGCAGUCUAUAGAGGCGUUCUCGCCAAUAAAACUGUUGCCGCCGUGAAACAGCUGGAGGGAAUUGAGCAAGGGGAGAAACAGUUCCGGAUGGAGUUCACCACCAUAAGCAGCACUCACCAUUUGAAUCUGGUGCGACUGAUUGGGUUUUGUUCUGAAGGACGGCACCGGCUACUUGUCUAUGAGUUCAUGAAAAACGGCUCACUCGAUCAGUUCCUCUUUCCUUCAUCUUCCUCAUCAGAAAGCAAGCCUCUAUGUCUGAACUGGGAGCAGCGAUAUAACAUAGCCCUGGGAACUGCGAGGGGGAUAGCAUACCUUCACGAAGAGUGUAGAGAUUGUAUCAUUCAUUGUGAUAUAAAGCCUGAAAAUAUUCUAUUGGAUGAAGGUUACAAUGCGAAGGUUUCUGACUUUGGCUUAGCCAAACUUAUCAACUCUAGACACCAGAUUAAGGGCGGAACCUUGACGAGCAUCAGAGGGACUAGAGGGUAUUUUGCUCCGGAAUGCCUAGCAAACCUACCUCUUUCCACCAAAUCGGAUGUUUACAGUUACGGGAUGGUUCUGUUGGAGAUAAUAAGUAGGAAAAGGAAUUUCGAAGUCUCUGAGGAGACGAACCAGAGAAGGUUCUCUGUGUGGGCGUAUGAAGAAUACGAGAAGGGUAAUUUUGUGGGAAUCUUGGACAAAGAGCUUCCCAUCAAAGACACAGAUGUGGAUCAACUAAUGAGAGCUGUUCAAGUUAGCUUUUGGUGCAUACAAGAGAAAGCAUCUGAGAGGCCGGCAAUGGGUAAGGUGAUUCAGAUGUUAGAAGGCGUUUGUCAGAUUGAUAGGCCGCCGACGCCUACUGCCAGUCUGACAGAGAAGGGUUGCAUUCUUGGAAGUAGUAGUAGUAGAAGUACAUAAGUAUAAACGCUGGUAGUGCAAUAUCUCUUUCCUCCUUCAGAGAAGCCCCUCCUUCACAGAAGCCCCUCUUCAGCAUCUUCCUUUCAUACCUCAGCAAUUAUUUCUUCUGUUUCUGCAUAGCAGAAUGUUGAGCGGGGUUGUUCAUCACUCUUGCAUGCAGAAUAAGUUCCAACUUCACUCUGCCAGCUCAUCCAUGAGAUGAGUGCCUGUUUAAAUAAUUAAUUUGGACGUACAAUUGUAUAUUUUUAUCCAUUCUUCCUUGAAGAAAUAUACUCCUUCCAUCCCAUAUUGUGUCUGUCCCAUUUUCUAUUUUGGCCUGUUAAAAAAUGUUUGACAAACCAUAUAAAUUUCAUUAUGAAAAAGGAAGUGAUGAAGAUAAAUUUUAGACAAAGGGAG